CAGGCCAGCCGGCGCCAUUUUGAAAGUAGAGUCGCCUGCCCCUGCCGCCGCCGCCGCCGUCCCUGUCGUAGCUGCCGCCGCCACUGCUGGAGAAGGAGAGAGAGCGGGGAAGCCCCAGAGUGAAAUCCACCAUCCUCCUGACUGGUCUGCCCGCCCCUCCUUCCUUCUUCCCCGACCCCCGCCCUCUCCCCCCACAGGUGCCAUCCGCCGCCAUCCGCCCUCCCUACCCCCCCAUCCCCAGGUGAGGGGGGUGAGUUCAGGAAGCGGCGACCCCGAGGAACCCAGCAGGGUCACCAUUUGCAGCGCAACAUGGCAGGAGCUGGAGGAGGGAAUGAUAUUCAGUGGUGUUUUUCUCAGGUGAAAGGAGCAGUAGAUGAUGACGUAGCAGAAGGAGGGUAUGGUUCCAUUCCAUUUUAUCCAAACAUGAUAUCAGAUUAUCCAGGAACAAGUUAAAAAGAAGGGAGACUGGUUCCAGAACACAUCUCUGGAAAUUACCCUAUGGACCCUGACUCUCAUGGCAACAUUACAAUCAGAUAUAAUUUCUACAGUAGAAUUUAAUCAUUCUGGAGAAUUACUAGCAACAGGAGAUAAAGGUGGUAGAGUCGUCAUCUUUCAGCAGGAGCAGGAGAACAAAAUCCAGUCUCAUAGCAGAGGAGAAUAUAAUGUUUACAGCACCUUUCAGAGCCAUGAACCAGAGUUUGACUACUUGAAAAGUUUAGAAAUAGAAGAAAAGAUCAACAAAAUUAGGUGGUUACCCCAGAAAAAUGCUGCUCAGUUUUUAUUGUCUACCAAUGAUAAAACAAUAAAAUUAUGGAAAAUCAGUGAAAGGGACAAAAGACCAGAAGGGUAUAACUUGAAAGAGGAGGAUGGAAGGUAUAGAGAUCCUACUACAGUCACUACACUACGAGUGCCAGUCUUUAGGCCCAUGGAUCUAAUGGUUGAGGCCAGUCCACGAAGAAUAUUUGCCAAUGCUCAUACAUAUCACAUCAACUCAAUUUCUAUUAAUAGUGAUUAUGAAACAUAUUUAUCUGCAGAUGAUUUACGGAUUAAUCUUUGGCAUCUGGAGAUUACAGACAGGAGUUUUAAUAUUGUGGAUAUCAAGCCUGCCAAUAUGGAAGAGCUAACAGAGGUGAUCACAGCAGCAGAAUUCCAUCCGAACAGCUGCAACACGUUUGUAUACAGCAGCAGUAAAGGAACUAUUCGGUUAUGUGACAUGAGGGCCUCUGCCCUCUGUGAUAGGCAUUCUAAACUGUUUGAAGAACCUGAAGAUCCCAGUAACAGGUCUUUUUUUUCUGAAAUCAUCUCCUCUAUUUCUGAUGUAAAAUUCAGCCAUAGUGGUCGAUAUAUGAUGACUAGAGACUAUUUGUCAGUCAAAAUUUGGGACUUAAAUAUGGAAAACAGGCCUGUGGAAACAUACCAGGUUCAUGAAUACCUCAGAAGUAAACUUUGUUCACUGUAUGAAAAUGACUGCAUAUUUGACAAAUUUGAAUGUUGUUGGAACGGAUCUGACAGUGUUGUCAUGACCGGAUCUUACAAUAACUUCUUCAGAAUGUUUGACAGGAACACAAAACGAGACAUAACCCUAGAAGCGUCGCGGGAAAACAAUAAACCUCGCACGGUUCUGAAGCCACGCAAAGUCUGUGCAAGUGGCAAGCGAAAGAAAGAUGAAAUAAGCGUUGACAGCCUAGACUUCAACAAGAAAAUACUUCAUACGGCCUGGCACCCCAAGGAAAAUAUCAUUGCUGUAGCUACUACAAACAAUCUGUAUAUAUUUCAAGACAAAGUGAAUUAGGGUUGGCAUUCCCAGCCGAAGAGCCCACUUCCUGCUUAGUUGAGAUAGUUGAAUCUAGCAUUCGUACCUAAAAACGAGAGAGGUCCAUUGUGGCGCCCCUUUCCAGUGUUUGACAGUGUGCCAUUCGACAACACAUUUUUUAUAGCUACAUGGAGAAAUCUCUGUGGAUUCUCACCGCGGUGUUCUCCAUGUCUGCUAGCCAUGUAGGUAAGGGUAGGGCACUUUUAAUUUAAAUGACUUCUUGCACCAUCUUGCCUAAUGGACUAGAUUGGACUGUGUCAACAUUGAUUUCCUCCACUUUUUAUGCCUUCCAUUGUGAUGACGUCAAACACAGUGAGAGCCUUCAGUCAUGCUUAUGGGAUUUAAUUGUGUAUCCUCAUUACUGUAUCAUUUGUGGGGUACACCCCUCCCCCUUUUUUAAAUUAAACACAGCUCAUUCUUACUGUGGCUUGUAGCAUUCCUCCUCUUCUGGCCUCCUGGACUCUUCCCCUCCGUCUCUCUCACCCCUGCCCCUCCACCCAGUCUUGGUGGUGGUAUAUUAAAAAAAGAAAGAACGAAAGCACACAAAAUGAGUCAGUUUGGGGUCAGUGGUAAAGGGGGUAUAUGUUGCGAACAAAUGUUUUAAAUAACAGUUGGCUGUAAUCACUCCUUGCCGUGUCUGGCACCGAAAAUAAGGAAAAAAAAAAAUACUACUACUGAAUAAAAGUGACAAAGAAUGGAGAA